AUGGCCAUUAACGUAACACCGUUCAUCUUCCUAUUAGACAUAUGCAGCGGCUUUGCCAUGUCUUUUCUGUUCAUAGCAUACUCAGCGCAUGAGCGCAUUAACAAACACCCAACCAGCAGACUGCAAAUAGUUGACUCCAUCAACAUUUCUCUUACAGUGGUUCUCAAUUCCCUUUUUCUCAUGUGGUCCACUGGCUGUCUCCUGGGCAGCUAUUUCGGAGUAUACAAAAUAUUCAUGUCUCCCAUGGGGCAGACCUUCCAAAAUCUUCUUACCCUGGAGAUGAUCAUAGACAUUGUCCAAAAAAGCAUGUGUUUUUUAGUUCUGAGCUUGGCCUCGUUUCAGAUGGCCAUCCUGGGAGACCACGAGAUUCUUGUGCCCUGGGGGAGCACGUGCGCGUUUAUUGCUCUUUUCCAGGGGCUUGCCAUGUGGGUCAUGCUGACCAUUUUUAAGGGUCUUUCUGGCUGGGUUAUUUUGUACGUUUUCAGCGGGAUGGUUUCUCUGAGCAUUUUUAUUUUCAGCAUUCUCACAAGCAUUCUCAUCAACAGAAACAAAGUGUCAGGUAAGAACAAAAUUGCGGGGUAUCUUCCAAACCAGGCUGUUUCCUGGAAUGUGAGGCUGUGCCACAUAAUUUUGGCUAGUUCUGUGCUUGAUCUCCUAUCAAAAUCAAUUUUUGUGAUUUUAGAGAUAGGAAUAAUCUCAAUGAACCAGCUGCUGAUUGAUACGCUUUUGCUGGCGCGGGCUGUUUCAUCAAUGGCUACUGUGGUGGCUGUUUACACUGCUCGCAUACCCAGAGACAAGUCCUACAGCGAGAGAGCUCUUAAUUAA